GCGAGCAAGUGCCAGUGAAGGACAGCCCAUUACAGAAGCAACUGCCAAAUCCCGGUUUGACGUGCAUUUGGAGAGAAGUAAACCGCGGCCAAUUUCCCGCUAAGGCGCGAGUUUCAGUCUCGGACACUGCGAAUCUGCGGUCUCAUUGACGAUGCAUUAGAUCUCCCGAGUCAAAUGCGCCUCCAGAACUUAACCAGAAGAUCGCCUGCCGCGAGGUCACGCAAGAACUUCCCGAGUCAACGUAACUUGUCAACUGUUUCUGUCGCCCGCCAUCCAGAAAAUCCCCCUUCGAGUCCUGAGCCUGACCCAACACGAGGAUUUGAUAUCCACGCUUAUCUACUGCGCCUAUGCCUUCGAGAAUGCAGACGAUUCACAUCCCAUCACUUAUUCGACGAAAUGCCGCAUCCAGCGGCGCGGGCUUUAACUAUAUGCAAGGCGAUCCAUGGCCAGGGAAUGAAAUUUGGAAUUGGGUCAAACGGAUCACUAGGGAAUGCAAUUCUUGAUCUUUAUGCCAAAUGUGGGGAUGUGGAAUACGUGGAGAAGGCAUUUAGUCAGUUUGAGGGGAGAGAUAUCCUGGCUUGGAACUCACUUCUUUCGAUGUAUUCAAGGCGGGUUUCCGUUCAACAUGUUAAGUGGCACUUUCGGCUACUUAAGCGUUAUGGAUUGGUGCCAAAUGAGUUCACUUAUUCGAUUGUUUUUUCUGCUUGUGCAAGGACUACAGAUAUUGACUUUGGGAAACAAGUACAUUGUGAUCUUGUUAAGGUGGGAUUGGGGCUCAGUUCGUUUUGUGAAGGUUCAAUUAUUGAUAUGUAUGCUAGGUGUGAUUGUCUCUUGGAUGCAAGGCGGAUUUUUGAUGGGGUACUAGAACCUGAUACAGUUUCUUGGACAGCAAUGAUUGCAGGGUACAUUCGAGGAAAUUUGCCAGCGGAGGCACUCAAAGUUUUUGAGAAGGUGAAGAAGGCUGGCCAUGAACCAGACCAGGUGGCAUUUGUUACUGUCAUUAGCGCUUAUGUUGGUGCAGGAAAUCUUGAAGGUGGACGUGAGUUGUUUUCCCAGAUGCCAAACCCUAAUGUUGUGGCAUGGAAUGUGAUGAUUUCAGGUCAUGCUCAAAGAGGAUAUGAUGUGGAAGCACUCCAUUUUUUUGAAAAAAUGAGGAAGGUUGGCAUUAAAUCAACAAGAUCCACCUUAGGUAGCAUAUUGAGUGCCAUUGCUGCUCUAGGCGCCACUGAUUGGGGCUUGUUAGUUCAUGCUGAAGCAAUUAAACAGGGUUUGAGCUCUAAUGUUUAUGUUAGAAGCUCUUUGAUAAGCAUGUAUGCAAAGUGUGGGAGAAUGGAAGCUGCAAUGAAAGUUUUUUAUGCUUUAGAGGAGAAAAAUGUGGUUUUGUGGAAUGCAAUGCUCGGAGGGUUUGCACAAAAUGGUUAUGCCAGUGAAGUCUUGGAACUGUUUACCCAGAUGAAGAGAUGUGGUUUUCAGCCUGACGAAUAUACCUAUACUAGCAUUUUGAGUGCAUGUGCAUGCUUGGAAUAUGUAGAAGUGGGUCAACAAUUGCACUGCACUAUCAUCAAGAACAGGUUGACAUCAAAUUUGUUUGUUGGAAAUGCUCUCGUGGAUAUGUAUGCCAAAUCCGGGGAUCUGGAAGAGUCGAGGAAACAAUUUGAAUGCUUAAAGAGCCGAGACAAAGUUUCCUGGAAUGCAAUCAUUGUUGGUUAUGUGCAGGGGGAACAAGAGAAUGAGGCCUUCAAGAUGUUUCAACAUUUGAAUUUAACUGGUAUAGUGGCCGAUGAAGCGGCUUUGGCCAGCAUAUUCAGUGCUUGUGCUAAUACUCAAGCUCUGGAUAAAGGCAAGCAAGUACACUGUCUUGCUGUGAAAUCUGGUCUAGAAUUGAGUCUUUAUGCUGGAAGCUCUCUUAUUGACAUGUAUGCAAAGUGUGGGGACAUUGGAGCUGCUCUUGUUGUUCUCUUGCACAUGCCUGAGAGAAGUGUUGCUUCUAUGAAUGCUAUGAUCGCUGGCUAUGCUAAAGAUAACUUGGAACAAGCUAUAAACAUGCUUGGACAGAUUCAUGACAUGGGAAUGAAUCCAAAUGAGAUCUCUUAUUCAAGCAUUUUAGAUGCAUGCAGUGGAGUAGAAGGGUUGAUUUUGGGAAUGCAAAUUCAUUGUUGUUUAUUAAAAACUGGAAUUUGGUGCUAUGAGGACUUCUUGGGUGUCUCUCUCCUGCGCAUGUAUAUGAACUCUGAGAGUACAUCAGAUGCAUGUAUUCUCUUCUCAGAAUUCCCAAGUCCAAAGAGUGUUAUAUUAUGGACUGCUCUAAUUUCAGGGUACACUCAAAAUGAUUGCAAUGAGGAGGCUUUGAAGGCUUUUCGAGAAAUGCGAAGACAAAAUGCACCACCAGACCAAGCCACAUUUGUUAGUAUCCUAAAGGCCUGUUCUAUCCUAUCUUCACUGCGAGAUGGUAGACAAGUACAUCCUCUCAUGUUUCAUUCUUGUUUCGACUUAGAUGAGUUAACUAGUGUUGCUCUUCUAGACAUGUAUGCUAAAUGUGGAGAUGUGAAAAGUUCCGUUCAAGUAUUUAAUGAGAUGACCAGUAAAACUGGUGUGAUUUCGUGGAACUCGAUGAUCGUUGGUUUUGCUAAAAAUGGGUUUGCAGAAAAUGCACUACAAAUAUAUGAUGCAAUGAAGCAAUCAAAUAUUGUUCCUGAUGAUGUUACUUUCCUGGGUGUUCUUACAGCCUGUAGUCAUGCGGGAAUGGUAGUGGAAGGCCGUAAUAUCUAUGAUGAAAUGGUGAAUCACUAUAGGAUUCAGCCGAGAGUAGAUCACAAUGCUUGUAUGGUUGACCUUCUUGGGCGUUGGGGAUUUCUUGAAGAAGCAGUGGCUUUCAUUGAUAAAUUAAAAUCUGAACCUGAUGCUAUGAUUUGGACCACAUUACUUGGUGCUUGUAGAUUGCAUGGAGAUGAAAUAAGGGGAAAAUUGGCUGCUGAAAAGCUCAUUGAGUCAGAGCCGCAAAAUUCUGCACCUUAUGUCUUAUUGUCUAAUAUCUACGCUGCAUUGGGAAACUGGCAGGGGGUGAAUUCAUUGAGGAGGAAAAUGAAUGAAAAGGGAGUGAAGAAGUUGCCUGGGUGUAGCUGGAUUACAGUGGGAAAUAAGACUAAUUUGUUUGUAGCAGGAGAUGAGUCCCUCCCUCGUGCUGGUGAAGUUCACGCACUUUUAAAUAAUUUAACAUCUCUAAUUAAAAAGGAUGGUUAUAUCAAAGCAGAGAAUCUUCUCUAUGGAGUGUAGGUUGUAAUUGUUCUUAUUUGCCAAUAUUUGGAUCUAUCAAAGUGGAAGGGAAAGGUGAGUAGAGAUAACUGGAACAUCUGUUAGACUGGUGAAUGAAAUGUGCAGAGAGAAAGUGACUUUCUCAUACUCAAAGAUCUGCUUUGCAGCUUAUUUCCUGCUUUGCUUCCCCUAGUGGAGGAGUUAUAGCUUUUGCUUUUUUCUGACCUCAGGAAUUUUAUGUAGUUACAUCCAAGUAAGAGUACAAAUCAAGGAAAUCCUGAAAGAUCAUUCAUAUCCUUGCCAACAGUACUCCAUAAAUGGAUCUCCUUGAUCACCUUCAUACGCAGGAAAGAAGACCUAGAAGACCAGUUGUCAACUGUAAUUCUUGGUGGGGUGGCAAUUCCAAAAUUUAUGAUGUUAUCUUCGACAGUUGCAAUGAUGAACUGGAGCUUCUAACAAUGAAAAGCGGCCACCAAGUGAGGUGUGGGAAUGAUGUAUUCAUGACCCAUCGAAGCCACUUCUCCUCAAAUCAUCUGGAGGUCCAUAAGGAGCUUCAUACAUUGGACUAAAUGGCAUUAUGCUUGGUCAACUGCAAUGGACAGGUGCUUGCUCAUCCAUGCAAUUAGGUAAAAAUCUCAAGCUUGGAGGUGAGAUUAUUCUGUUUGAUAGACAAUAUAACUACUGUCUCUCUCUCUCUCUGGUCACAAGCGCCUGGUGCAUGCAAUGAUCCCUCUGGAAUCCGGAACCACCAUGUAUAUUCCCACAAAUAGUUGAUGUAGAAGAGGGUUAUCAAUGCUCUGUCAAGACCAGAAUUACAUAUCCAGACAUGUUAAAUCAUCUUCCAAAGUUAAAAAAGCAACCCUUAUCACAAAUCAGGAUGAGUUUCAUUUCUUGAGGGUUCUCUUGAUGAGUCUUGAAAUUUCAGCGAGACUGCUCUAAAAUUUCCCCGGAUUAGUCGACCACCGUCGCUCGCGGUCAUGGAUGAUGGUCUGAUCCAGAGAAAAAAAGUGGGUGGAGGAGGAUGAAGAGAAAAAUUACAUUUUUAUUUCUUUAAUCCAACUCAGUAAACAUGUGUCAACCAAUUAGUCAACCAAUUAGUGGACAUGAAUAAAAAAUGCGUCAGGCUUUUUCUCUACCCUUUUUUAAUCUCCUCUAGACUUGUAGAUGCCUUCCCAAGGGCCAAGCUUUUUUCCAUCUUUGUACUUAGCUUCUGCUGAGCUGAUAUUUUCUCCUGUGUUCAGUACAGUUAUCCGGCUUUUUCUUCUUGGAGUAAAUUUGGCAACUCUACUAAGUGUAGAAGUUUGCCUUUUGCUUUUGUGUGCAUAAUGUGCUUCCAUGCCCAGCCUUGUUCAUAGUAAAGUUCUUCCCUUUUUCCUCUAAUAGGUCAAAUUGCAUCUUCCUAAUCUGUGUCCAGUAAUAGAAUGUUACUUGAUUUAUCCAGUACGUCCAUCUUGCAACACUCAACCAUUUGCCUGUUAACAUAGAUGAUUUGUUAUGACUAAAAUCAAGGCAAUUGAUAUCCCUUCAAAGAUUUGUUUGAUGAAGCAACUAGUAAAUUGCCUUUCAAAAUUGUGUGUACUUUUGACUUUUGUCCUUCCUCAGUGGGGUUUCUUUUUUUCUUUUUCUUUUUCUUUUUUCUUGGCGGGUUACUGAGGUUUAGUUGAAUUUAGAGAAGGGAGAAUCUGAUUUUCAUUGUUUCCGCUUUAAUGGUAAAUGUUUGCAGAAAUUGAUGCAUCAAUAGGAAAGGAGGAUUUGUGAUUUCAGGCGAACAGAAGUUGCUCCAUUGCUGCUGAUAAUUGAUAGGAGGGACAAUCCUGCGACUCCAUUGCCGAAUCGAUGGACUUAUCAGAUAUACAAUUACCAUCAGUAUGACUAAACAAGUAUCUCAUUCUUGCAUAAAAAUGCCUGAUCGUAUACUUUGGAGUUGAAGAGCAACUCAUUGGUUUCAUAAAUUGUUCCCAGGCAAAUAAUUGUUCACAAGCCCAUUGGCAUUGAAGAUAGCAAAGUUGACUUAAGCAUAGAGAAGCUGCCUAAAAAUCAGGAGGAAGUUGUACUUUUAUCUAAACAAGAUGCUUUUCUCAAAGCUAACAUGUAUGAGAAUUUUGGUGACAUUGGAAAGAACAUCAAAUGGACGGUUGACGAGUUUCAGCAACUUGCCAAAAGUAACCAAAACAUCCAGACAAUAGGUUUGUAUAGAACAGCAUCAAAGCUUUGACCAAUUUGAGUUUGCAUGACAUGAUCUCUUAGUACCACCACUUUGUGGAAGCAUAAUACAUACAGUUAUUUACCCAAUGGCCUGAUGUUCUGCAGCAGAUAGGGCCAAAUUCAUUGAUAACUACCCUGAGUACAGGAAAAUGCAUGGGAAUGUUUCAAAGCAUGUGACAUUGGUUACAGAAACGAUCAAGAUAGUUGAAGAGCGAAAGCUAAUAGUAGUUUUGGAGACAGCAGGAAUUGGCUUGUAAUGAUGGCCAGGUGGCAGCUUUUGAGGUACUGUCAGCAUUUAUGCAAUACAACAUGGAGAGUUCAUCUGCUGUGCAUAAUUUGAUGGGUUAUUCUGUGGGUGUUUGGUUGCUUGGAGGUCUCAGAGUCUGUUGUCAUAUCAUUAAGAUUAAACCUUGGAAAGAUAGUUCUAAAUAUGUUGCCACCUGAUUCUUUAUAUUUGAUAUAAAUGACAUAUGCUCGUUUACUAAUGCUUACAAUCUAGGGAAACUAGCUUAACUUCAUGUCUGGACCUUUGUAAUAGAGGUUGACACGUGGAAUUUUUCAUGGACAAGAGUUGCGUUUGCUUCCAAGGCUUGUUAUUUCAGAAGUUCUGCUGACAUGAAUAUGAAUCUUGGAAACGAAAAUGACUUGAUAGGCAAUGUCUUGGUCAUGCCUACCGAUUAGAGGGGUGCUGCAGCUUCUGCAAGGUGCUUGUUGAACACCUCAAGUUGCAGCUUCUCCACAGCUGCAGCAUCUUAACAUGCUUUUGGAAAACAGCUCCAAUUAACGACCUGCUGGUUCAGAAAGCUCAACUCAUCCACUGUUAUUUCCGAAGUUCUGCUGGUGUGAAUAUAAGAUCUUGGAAAUGAAAUUUUUUUGAAAGGCAAUGCCUUGGUCAUGCCUACCUGUUAAGGGGGUGCCGCAGCUUCUGCAAUGUGCUUGUUCAACACCUUAAGUUGCAGCUUCUCGACAGCGGCAGCAUCU